AAAAUCGGACAGCGUCCUUUGAGCGUUCAAGAAACAUUCUCCCCUCGUCAGUGUAAGCGCAAAGUUUCGAGUGCUCUGCUCUUUUUGUUCCUUUGAGCUCUCAAAUCUCCGAUCCAGUGCUCCGUUUCUCGCCAUUUUUUCUCAUUCGCUGUUCGUGCUGUGAACAGAAAUGUCGAUCUCUGCCCAGAAUCCGGAUAUUUCCGGCGAAAGGCAAUCCGGCCAAGAUGUUCGUACUCAGAACGUGGUGGCUUGCCAAGCGGUUGCCAACAUUGUCAAGACCUCACUGGGUCCUGUCGGACUCGACAAGAUGUUGGUGGAUGACAUUGGUGAUGUGACAAUUACAAAUGAUGGUGCCACCAUUCUGAGGAUGUUAGAGGUCGAACAUCCAGCUGCUAAGGUUCUUGUGGAGUUAGCUGAGCUUCAGGACAAGGAAGUUGGAGAUGGAACUACAUCGGUUGUUAUCGUCGCUGCUGAGUUGCUGAAGAGAGCGAAUGAUCUGGUCAGGAAUAAGAUACAUCCAACAUCUAUAAUCAGUGGAUACAGGCUAGCGAUGAGAGAAGCUUGCAAAUACAUUGACGAGAAGUUGGCGACCAAGGUUGAUAAGCUCGGCAAAACCUCUCUGGUGAACUGUGCAAAGACCAGCAUGUCCUCCAAGUUGAUAUCUGGUGACAGUGAUUUCUUUGCAGAUUUGGUCGUAGAUGCUGUUCAAGCGGUGAAGAUGACAAAUGCUCGAGGUGAAAUAAGAUACCCUAUCAAGGGCAUCAAUAUUCUGAAAGCUCAUGGACAAAGCGCAAAAGAUAGCUACUUGUUAAAUGGAUAUGCGCUCAACACUGGCCGUGCUGCACAAGGGAUGCCUUUACGAGUUUCUCCAGCGAAGAUUGCUUGCCUUGACUUUAAUCUGCAGAAGACAAAAAUGCAACUGGGUGUCCAGGUGGUUGUCACUGAUCCAAGGGAACUUGAAAGGAUUCGCCAAAGAGAAGCUGAUACAACAAAGGAACGGAUAGAGAAACUUCUGAAAGCCGGGGCUAAUGUAAUUCUGACGACAAAAGGGAUUGAUGACAUGGCUCUUAAAUACUUUGUGGAGGCCGGAGCUAUCGCUGUUAGACGUGUGCGCAAAGAUGACAUGCGACAUGUUGCAAAGGCAACAGGAGCAACUCUGGUCACCACUUUUGCGGACAUGGAAGGGGAGGAGACAUUCGAUCCAUCACACCUCGGGUAUGCAGAGGAAGUUGUGGAGGAGAAAAUUGCAGACGACGAUGUCAUAUUGAUAAAGGGAACCAAGACAACUAGUGCGGUUUCGUUGAUCCUAAGAGGAGCAAACGACUACAUGCUUGACGAGAUGGAGAGAGCGCUCCACGACGCCUUGUGCAUUGUCAAGAGGACCCUUGAAUCGAACACGGUGGUGGCAGGCGGAGGUGCAGUUGAAUCAGCAUUGUCGGUGUAUUUGGAGCAUCUAGCGACAACCUUAGGUUCUCGUGAACAAUUGGCCAUCGCGGAAUUCGCUGAUUCACUACUGAUCAUACCAAAGGUGCUGGCAGUGAAUGCUGCCAAAGACGCGACCGAGUUAGUUGCGAAACUAAGAGCAUAUCACCACACCGCACAAACAAAGUCUGAUAAGAAGCACUACUCAAGUAUGGGACUGGACCUCAUAAAUGGAACCAUUCGAAACAACUUGGAGGCGGGAGUCAUCGAACCUGCGAUGAGCAAAGUGAAAAUCAUUCAGUUCGCGACUGAAGCGGCCAUAACCAUUCUCCGAAUAGACGACAUGAUCAAACUGGUCAAGGAUGAGAGCCAGAAUGACGAGUGAGCUGUUGUUUUUCUCCCAAGUUUUACGGAUUUCAGGUUCUAUCUUUCUCCCGCUCGUGUUGGUUUCCAUCUCUAUUUAUACGUACGGCUACUCUGUCGGAUUAUUGAUUUUCCAUCCUCUAUUGUUUUUUUUAUAUAUAAAUAUAAAUGGGUUGUGGUGGCCCCAAUCAUUACGGGGGGUUUUGGACAUUAGCCGUGCUUCCGUCGCUGUCGCAUUCUAUGGACUUGUGUAAAAAAAAGGGGGUUGUGUAAUGAAAAUGGGCUCCACGGCCCAUAAUCACUGCACGACUGAUUGAUUUAAAAUCGUUUUGUUUCCCUGUUUUGUCGUUGUGGCAUAUUAAAUUUAUUU